AUGAAGAACUCAAUCCCAUCUGACGUGUGGGAGAGAAAGAAGGCUCUGAUUGCCAAGUUAUACAAGGAUGAAGAAUGGCCUCUGAAGCAGGUCAUUAAGCAAAUUCGUUCCGAUGAUUUCAACCCAAGUGAGACUCAAUUGCGGAGUAGAUUGAAGAAGUGGCGGGUCACCAAGCCCUCUCGCCAGACACGCAAGAAAUCGGACGAUAGCCAGCAGGAGACUACCGGAGAUGACAGUGGUCAAGAAGAUGCAUCCCCCAAGGCCCAGUCUUCCACAGUUUCCCCCAAAGCACGCCCCCCUCUUCGCUCAGUCGCAUCUGACAUCUCUGUUACCGAACCGGAAUGGUACAUGGCCAAUGGUGCAUACACGCAUCAUGAGGACCUGCCUACAACAGUUUGUCUUGAUGGACAAAAUAUCUCGAAUGUGUGGGCUCCCAUGAUGAGUCCAUCCCAGAAGCAGCGGGAUCUUUCCCACGCAUCUUCCGUGAUGGUUGUCCCUAGCUCCAACUCAUAUGACUCGCCGCACACAUCGCCGUUGAUGGACAGCAUGUUGGCCAACCAAACAUCUAGCAUGGCGUCGCCUUUCCAUGACCCUUCUUUUGCUGUCACUACAGACUGCAUGCAAACACCCGCGACAACAGCUGGACCAAUCCAGUGGUCUUUCCCUCAGUGGUACUCGAUGCCUCUUGAGGCUGGCAGUCCAUUCUACGCUGCGGCACCACUGAGUCCUCCUAUCGAUCCCGCCAUGCACCUGAUGACCCCACACCCCCAGACACCGCCGCCUUCCAGUAUCGGGCGGCAACAUAUGGCCGACCUGCACGAGGGGCCCCAGUCAUGGAAGCGUGCUAUGUCUGCCCCAUACGUUCAGGAUACCGCUGGUGGGCAUCCGAGAUUGGACCAGAAAGGCCCGCAGAGACGGCCGCUUGAUCGGAAGGCCUCCCUCCAACCAAAGUCGGCCGGUCAACCCGCCAUGGGGAUCGUGUCUCCGUCGGCCUUCUAUCCUCACGGCCAACAUCCUGCUAUGUGUGCGCCCAUUUACCCAUAUCCUGGACCCGAGCCACUUGUGCACAGGCCUCAGAGCAUCGAUUUUUAA